UACGUAAUUACUAAUGUCUGCAUGAUUACGUCACACGCGUGCGCACUAUAUUCUCCAGUGAUUGCGGAGUGAUUGACAGUUACGUGUUUAUAGUCGUCGAAAGUUCAUUAUCACGCCGCAAUCUGAUCAGACCUCAGACUAGCGUCACCAAACCGGUUUAAGACGGAGAACUAGUCGUUCACAGAGGAGUGAAAUGAGUGCAGCUGUGUUACUGAACGGACUGAAACCAGCUAUUAGCGUCGCGCUCCGGUCGUGCAGCCGCAGAAUCUCCCGCAUUGAUCCGAUCGAUCACGGAAGUCCCGUAUUCACUCCCCACCGAUUCUACAUCGGAAUGAUGGGGACUCAAGGUGUGCUGUUCAGACAGUUGUUUGAGGCUGAAAGCAGCACGUACACAUACCUGCUGGCUGAUAGAGACUCCAGAGAGGCCGUUCUCAUCGAUCCUGUACUGGAAACAGUGGACCGAGACCUGAAGCUCAUCAGUGAUCUGGGCCUUACACUUACAGUGGCUGCGAAUACUCACUGUCAUGCGGAUCACAUCACUGGCACCGGACUGCUGAAGAAGAAGGUGGUUGGAUUAAAGAGUGCCAUUUCCAAACACAGCGGAGCCACUGCAGACAUACUGCUCUCUGACGGAGACCAAAUCGCUUUCGGAAAACAUUGUCUGACGGUGCGCGAGACUCCGGGACACACGGACGGAUGUGUAACGUACGUCACUGGAGAUCACUGUAUGGCGUUCACCGGUGACGCGCUCCUCAUACGGGGCUGCGGACGAACGGACUUUCAGCAAGGUUGUCCAAAGAGAUUGUACGAGUCUGUUCAUAAGAGGAUCUUCACGCUACCUGGGCAUUGUUUCAUCUUCCCCGCACAUGACUACAAGGGUCAAACGGUGUCCACUGUUGACGAGGAGAAGAAGUUUAACCCUCGCCUGACCAAAACAAUGGAUGAGUUUGUGAACAUCAUGAACAAUCUCAAUCUACCCAAACCCAAGAAAAUAGAUAUAUCAGUGCCUGCAAACUUGGUGUGUGGACUUCACGAUGUUUGAACAUUAUAAAGAAAUCCAGCGUGACAUGCAUUUUUUUAAGAAGUCAAAUGUACUUUUAUGUCGCACAUCCUCCCAUAUAGCCACGGACGUCACCUUCAGACUACAUGCAGUGUUUGUAAUUGCAUUAAUAAACUUCUUAAUCAGGGUUGAAAAGAAUGAAAGUGUAACUGAAAUAUCAAACUGUGCUUUCUAUAAAUUCUUGAACAUUUUUACAUGAAAAUAUUUCUGCAUUUCAUUAAAAUAUGCCUCAAUAUCGUACUUGCCUUAUAUCAGGCGAAUUGCUAAAUAUUGUAUGGACAAAUGCUUCAUCAUAAAUCGCUUAAAUGCUUUAGAUAAUCACAAGUGCAACAAGAUGGUAAACACUUGCGUAAUUUGCAAUGUUACAAUUUUAUUAUGUGUGAUGUUAUGACCGAUUUAUGAGAACAUUAUGAAAAUAUAAUUAAUAAAUGUGUUUGGUGGAACCGCAGUUGCUU